AUGAAAAAAGAAAGCAGGGUUCUUAUACCUAAAUAUAAUAAAACAGAAAUAUCACAAAUUAAUGCAACAAUAGCCAUUAUGGCAGCAAGAUGGAAAAAUCAGAAUAAAAUUAGUGUUAAGAGAGAUAAAAACCAGAUACUUGCCUGGUGUGUAAAUGUUGAUAAAAAUGGAAGCUUUGGGAAAACUAGCUUAAAUAGUAGAGCUAAAGCUUGUUCUUGA